UUUGUGUUACCCUUAUCUCCGCCAUACGAGCCCCCUCGCCGAGCCUCUUUCCGUUCACGCCACUUUUGUAACGUGGAACACAGCAAAAUUCGCAGCCGCCACUGUAAUUCAAGCACACCACUGGUAUGCAUGAGUUCAAUGCUUUACAACAAACUAAGAUUAACGAUGAAUAUACAUUGCUUUGGAAGGAAUCUUGCCACUGCAUCAUGCUCUUUGUCUCCCGUGCAACUUCCAGCACAAAAUGAAGCACAUUUUUGGUAUGUUUUACCGGAUGAGGUAAAGUGCACAAACCUAUUGAACCGAUAUUUUGAACUAUUAUCCCCUUGUGAGAAAGAAAAUGUACUCCGUAUGCGUGGGGAGGAGCUGAAGAAAAGUGCACUUCUAGCUCGUGCAUUGGUCCGCACUACAUUAGCAAGAUACCAGACAAAUUGUCAUAUUGAUCCAAAAUCCUUGAAGUUUAGAAAGAACAAUUAUGGCAAGCCUGAGGUAGACUGGCAAUAUGCUGAUGAUUGGAACCUACCGCCACUACAUUUUAAUAUCUCGCACACUUCUUCUUUGAUAGCAUGUGGAGUAACUGUGGGCUCACCGAUUGGUAUUGAUGUGGAAGAGAAGCAAAGGAGGUUAAAGAAUGACAUUUUAGCCUUUGCACGUCGAUACUUUUCUCCCCAUGAAGUAGAAAUGCUGGCUCACAUUGUAGAUCCUGAGCUACGACGUCACGAGUUUAUAAAAUUAUGGACUCUGAAGGAGGCAUAUGUUAAAGCACUCGGAAGAGGCUUCUCAGCAUCACCUUUUAAUACUUUCACUAUUCAAUUAAGAGACCAUAUGAAAGAAGGCAUCCAAGUUCUACGUCAUGUAAUUUCUAAGGAAGAUGAAAUUUUUGCUGAGCCUUCUGGUGACCUUGAGAAUCUCUCAAGCAAUUGGCAUUUUGUGCUUCUAGAGUUACUUGGUUCUCAUUAUGCUGCCAUUUGCAUAGAAAAGGACAGCACAAAUGAAGAGGACGGGAGCAUUCCAGUAAAUUUGACAAUACGAAAGACAAUUCCAUUUGUUGAAGAUGAAUGUAUUUCUGGAACCGAUACUGUGGCAGUGAUGGGGGGCUUGAGUAAACUGCUAGUGUAAUAGUGAUUCUAAUAAAAUGGAACUUUGCCAACAAUAUUAACUUUAAGUAUCAAGGUUCUAAUUUAUUUUAGUGCUCAAGAGAUGCUAUCUACUGAAAUUUUUGAGUAUGAUGCUUUUCCCGGCCGUGCAUGUUGCACUUGUAGGAAAUAACUAAUUUUUAAUGUAAUAGAUCAUGUAAAAAUUUAUACAUUGUUUGAAUAAUUUAGGCAUCUUGGUUAGAGUAAGAUCAAGUAUUUUGUUUAUAACAAGUUGAAAAAUUAAGCUUUUCUGCAAUUCACACCCCCCUUCUAUAAUUUGA